AGACAUAUUCCACCUGCAAUACAAGUUAUUGCCCCUCAUCUCAAGAUAGUGCCUUAGUUUUAUUUGUCUCAUUUUUUUUCUUUCAAGUAAUAACUUGCAAAUCAUGGAUACAUUGAUUCUUUUUCCCUUUUUGUUUUUCCAUUUGAAAAACAUGUGAUGGAGAAAAGAAAGAAACAGAUUCCAUCUAUUAGGGGGAGGGAUAAUAGUCAAAAUUUAUAAACUCAGAUUCACAAAAGCAAUCAGAUAUUUUAGGUGUUUAUAGGAAUAAAAAAGGUAAGAAAAUAUAAAAGUUCAUUCGAGUAGUAUCCCUAUUAAAACUAUAACAAUGCCACGUUUGUGUUGAAUAGUUUUUCAUGUCAUGCAUGUUCUUGGGGUCACAAAUAAAAAAGGUUGCUGAGGAGGUCAGAAAGAAAGAGAUGCAUGUGGAGGGGUGAAAGAGGGCUAAAGAGAAGGGAAGGUGAGGGGUGCAAGUGGAGGUGCUUGGCGCGAAAGUGAUGGAAACAAAACAAAACAAAACACGGGGUUGGGGUUUAGUGUUUUGUGGGGCUUAGCCUACGAACCGCAUUGGGGGACGGGGUCUUAGAGGUUUGUGAGGGGAGAAAGGGUUGUUUUUUCUUUACUAAUAUAUAUAUAUUGCAUUUUGCAGAAUCUAACAAGGAAAAGAAAGAUUGACAUGAAAACCAUUUGGUAAGCGGCUGAACAGGACCCCUUUGCCUAGUUGUUGUUGUUGCUGCUGCUGGACUUUAGGAUAAUUGUACGGAAAUUCAUACAAGUCCUAAUGCAGGGGCAAAGGGGUACUGUUGGUUCCUUGCCUGAAACCUUUGAUCAUAGCUCUACAUCAAGUAAUGCUGUUGCUGAACAGCAGGAUUGCUGGAAUAAUAUUCGAAAUCCUAUAGAAAACAGAUUGCCUGAUUGUUUGCUGUCAACCAAUGACAUGAACAUUGGAUAUGCGAACUUUAUGGGUCGAGAGGAGCAGCUUGGUAGAUGGAGCUUGGUUGAUGUUAACUCUAGUGGCACACAAAAUGAGGUUAGCCAUAACGAGUGGAAAACAGAUCAUAGGUGGUCAUCUUCUAUUAGUGCUUCUGCAAAUGCUGGUCCCAGGUUAGAAGGGCGGAGGUAUGAACAGAACUCUUUAUUUUCCCAAAGUUCUAAUUCUGAUACUGUUUCUCAGAAUCUGAGGUUAAAUGCCGGAUUAGCGGGUGUUGAUGAUAAUAGCUGUCAAGUUACAGAGCGGCUUAACCUCCAUAAGCCUAGUGGAUCUGAGAAUGAGCAGAAUUUACCGGGCACUGGUCCUGAAGCUUUUCUAGUUUCUUCUGGAAGUGGUGGGUAUGUGGUGGAUGAUAAUGAUAGCAGACCUGGCUGCUCAUAUGAGGGUUGUCGUGCAUCAUGCAAAAGAAAGGCUCUGGAAGGAAAUGUUGGGCAGUGCUCUUCUAGUGGAAGUUCUGGCUACUUUCGUAGUGCUGAAAGUAGUGCAUGGCAUGGCAUUUCUGCUAGCUAUACUGCAGGAAGCAAUGUGAAUAUAUCUCCCCCCUCAAGACAGGUGCACCCGAGACUUGGAUUAGAUGUCAGAGGAUCAGCUUCUAACAGCAUUCCCGAACAGAUUGUUUUGCCACCAACUGCAGAGAGCUCACACAGGAAUGUCCAUCUGAGAAUAAAUCCUUCAAGUAUACAGGAGCCUAUUGCUUAUCCGAUAUUUCCUUCUGGUGAUAUGUCCUGGCAGUCUGUUUUUUCUUCUGCACAACAGCCAUCAAGGCUUUUUCCAGCUAAUCAUUCUCUGGAAUUAUGGUCGGCACCAGUGGUACAUAAUGCAAAUUCUGAAAACCCGAAUGUCAUAAGCCAUGUUCCAUCUUUGCUGCGAAAUGGAGGUUCUGGUUCAAGAAUGGGCAGUUCAUCAAAUUCUAAUCCUUCUGCUGAUAGAGAUGUACCACGUGCAAGAUACAAAUCAAGAAGCAUGGCUAGAAACAUAUUACAUCAUCCUAUGUUUGUUCCUGCACCAGAAUUAAGAACUUUGGUUAGAAAUCCAGUUUUAAGCAGUGGAAAUAUAAGUUCUCCUGGAAAUGUUGCCUCUACAUCUCAUGCAGGCUCAAAUAAUGGUGCUAAUGUUACGUCUGCAUCCACCUGGGUUCCUCAUCCCAACCCCUCUUCACAAUACCCCCAAAGGUUGUCUGAACUUGUUCGUCAAUCACUAAUGUCUUCUCUUGGCACUGAAUCUGGAGGCCAGAGCAAUCAUUCUUCACUUCCUUCAGGACCUACUACUUCUCCGGAAGCGAUGCUGCUUUCCUCUCAUGUAGCUAGUCAGGUUCCCCAUCGUCCAUAUCCUAGGUCAUUGCCAUGGUUGGGGAGACAAGAUGCUGGUUUUGUUGGAAUUCCCCACUCAUUGCGAACUUUAGCUGCUGCCACUGAAGGCAGAAGCAGGCUUGUUGUGUCUGAGGUUCGCAAUGUAUUGGAUCUCAUGCGUAGGGGGGAGAACUUGCGGUUUGAGGAUGUUAUGAUCCUUGAUCAAUCAGUACUUUUAGGGGUAGCUGAUAUUCAUGAUCGGCACAGGGAUAUGCGGCUCGAUGUUGAUAACAUGUCAUAUGAGGAGUUAUUGGCUCUAGAAGAGCGCAUUGGUAACGUAAGCACUGGGUUGAGUGAAGAAACUAUAUUAAACCGUCUGGAACGACGAAAGUACUCUAGUGCACCGGGAGCUCAGUUAGAGGCAGAACCAUGUUGUGUUUGUCAGGAAGAGUAUAAUGAUGGAGAAGAUAUUGGGACACUGGAAUGUGGCCAUGGCUUCCAUGCUGAUUGCAUUAAACAAUGGUUGAUGCACAAAAACUUGUGCCCCAUCUGUAAAACAACGGGUUUGACUAAAUGAGGCAAUUAGUCCUUCCUUGGGUCAGGGAAAGGGACCGGCAUGGCUUCUUCCAUUCAUCAAAACUUGAUGCCUUCCAAGUGUGCUGUAUGCAGCGAACAGAGGAAUUAAUUUUUACUUCCAACUAUGUCAAAACAAAGUCAUUUUCUGGGUGGAUGACACAAAUGUCUGAAGCACUGGGAACACAAAAAGCUGGUUUCAACAUUUUUCAUUUUCUAUUAGUUUUUAUGUAUGAAUUUUUAGCCCAUCGGCGACAUCAUAGAUUAACGGAUGAUGGUUUGAUAGCAACUUUUAACUGAAAAGAGCAACGAUGCUUGACAUUGAAGGUCUGAAA